AUGGAAGAACAGCAGCUGGAAUCGAAAAGUCAGCGCGACGCAGGCCUCUGCGCGGCGGCUCCGGGCGGCCUCGUCCUGAGCCCAGGUUCGGGUGCUGGCGGCGGCAGCAGCAGCAGCGACGGAGACAGCGUGCCGGUGUCCCCGCAGCCCGCGCCCCCCUCGCCUCCCGGCCUGCCGUCCCUGGCCCACCACGCUCACCUCCCCCCGCAACCCCCGCCGGCGCCACAGCCGCAUCUCGCGGCGCCUGCUCACCAGCCGCAGCCUGCGGCCCAACUACACCGCACUACGAACUUUUUCAUCGACAACAUUCUGAGGCCGGACUUCGGCUGCAAAAAGGAGCAGCAUCCGCAGCCGCUCCUGGUGGCAGCAGUGGCCGGAGGAGGCGCCGCGGAAGGAGGUCGGGUCGACCGUGACCGAGGCCAGACCAGCGCAGGUAGAGACCCUAUCCAUCCGCUGGGCACCCGGGCGUCUGGCGCCGCCGCGCUCCUGUGCUCCCCGGACGCGAACUGCGGCCCGCCCGACGGCUCCCCGCCCGCAGUUGCCCCUUGCGCGAGCGCAUCCAAAGCUGGGAACCCGGCUGCAGCGGCUGCAGCGGCAGCGGUCAAAUCCUCGGACAGCGGCAGUGGCGGUGGCGCGGGGAGUCCGGGUACACAGGGCGCCAAAUACCCAGAGCAUGGUAACCCUGCCAUCCUGCUGAUGGGCUCAGCCACCGGUGGGCCCGUGGUCAAAACUGACUCGCAGCAGCCCCUCGUCUGGCCCGCCUGGGUCUACUGCACACGGUACUCGGACCGCCCGUCCUCUGGUCCGCGCACCAGAAAGCUGAAGAAGAAGAAGAACGAGAAGGAGGACAAGCGACCUCGGACGGCAUUCACCGCCGAACAACUGCAGAGACUCAAGGCGGAGUUCCAGGCGAACCGCUACAUCACGGAGCAGCGGCGGCAGACCCUGGCCCAGGAGCUCAGCCUCAACGAGUCGCAGAUCAAAAUCUGGUUCCAGAACAAACGCGCCAAGAUCAAGAAAGCCACGGGCAUCAAGAACGGCCUGGCGCUGCACCUCAUGGCCCAGGGACUGUACAACCACUCUACCACUACUGUCCAGGACAAAGACGAGAGCGAGUAG